AUGAAAACAAGCCUGGAAGCCAAAACUGAGAACUACACCGGCAAGUGCAGCAGCAGCAGCAGCAGCAGCAGCAGCAGCAGCUCAUUGCGUGGGCAGCUGCUGCGCCGAGAGAACGUAGUGCAGCAGCGGGAAAACUUAAUCCUUCCGCACUUUUAA